GUGUCUUUAAAGGGGAAGUGGGCGGGUCACCCUCCUCCUCCUCCUCCUCCUUACACACCCAGGGAGGAGGAGGAGGAGGAGGAGGUGUGUAUGGAUGUAGGGAGCCGGCCGCCGGCCUCCCUCCCUCCGCGGCUCCUCUCCUCUAUAAAAGCUGAGCGGGAUGUCAGCGCGAUGAGCUCCGGGAUGAAGAUGCUGCUGCUCGGUGUGACGCUGCUGCUGCUCCGGGCCGCCGGAGCAGACCUGUCCGGGUCAGCCGCUCCGCACCCCGGGCCGGUUCUCUCCUCACCCUCCGCCCCGCCGCUCGGACCGCCGCCCGGGGCUCCCGGAGUCGCCCUGAGCCGCUCGGCGGUGGAGGAGGAGCAGGAGGCGGAGGAGCACCACGGCGGCGGGUACCGGGUGGUGCAGUGGGAGUGGAGCUACGUCCAGACUCCCUACAUCAUCGCCAUCUGGCUGCUCGUGGCCAGCGUGGCCAAGAUCCUGUUCCACUUCUCCCAGCGGUUCACAACCGUGGUCCCAGAAAGCUGCAUGCUGAUCCUGCUGGGUCUGGUUCUGGGCGGGAUCGUCCUCAUAGCCAGUAAGAAGCAGCUGUACCAGCUGGACCCCUCCCUCUUCUUCCUCUUCCUGCUGCCGACCAUCGUCGGGGACGCCGGCUACUUCAUGCCGGCUCGGCUCUUCUUCGACAACCUGGGAUCCAUCCUGACGUACGCCGUGGUGGGCACGCUGUGGAACGCCUUCUGCACCGGCUUCAGUCUGUACGCAGCCAAGCUGCUGGGCGUUAUAGAUGAACGCGUUCAGGCCGAGUUGAUGGACUUCCUGCUGUUCGGCGCUCUGAUCUCGGCCGUGGAUCCGGUGGCGGUUCUGGCGGUCUUUGAGGAGGUCCACGUCAACGAGAUGCUCUUCAUCAUCGUGUUUGGAGAAUCGCUGGUGAACGACGCCGUCACCGUGGUUCUCUAUAAAGUCUAUAUUUCCUUUGUGGAAGUGGGACCGGGGAACGUCCAGACAGCCGAUUACUUUAAAGGAGUGGCUUCAUUCCUCAUCGUCAGCAUCGGGGGCACUCUGGUGGGUCUGGUCUUUGCCGUCAUCCUCGGCUUCAUCACCCGCUUUACCAAGAAGGUCCGCAUCAUCGAGCCCCUCUUCGUUUUCCUGAUGGUCUACCUGGCCUACCUGACCGCCGAGCUCUUCUCGCUGUCCGCCAUUCUUUCAAUGACCUUCUGUGGCAUCGGAGCCAACAAAUACGUGGAGGCCAACAUUUCCCAGAAGUCUCGGACCACCGUCAAAUAUACGAUGAAGACCCUGGCCAGCAUUGCGGAAACCAUCAUCUUCAUCUUUUUGGGAAUCUCAGCAGUGGACAAGUCCAAAUGGGCCUGGGACACAGGGCUGGUGUCCUGCACCCUGGUCUUCAUCUUUGUUUUCAGAGCCGUGGGUGUGGUUGGUCAGACUUGGGUUCUGAACCGAUUCCGGCUCGUCCCGUUGGACAAGAUCGACCAGGUGGUGAUGUCAUACGGUGGCCUGCGGGGGGCAGUUGCCUUCGCUCUGGUGGUGCUGUUGGACGGCGAGCAGGUCAAAGCCAAAGAUUACUUUGUUGCCACGACGAUUGUGGUGGUCUUCUUCACAGUCAUGUUCCAGGGUUUGACCAUCAAACCUUUGGUGAAGUGGCUGAAGGUCCCUCGCUCCACCAACAGGAAGCCCACCAUCAACGAGGAGAUCCAUGAGAGGGCCUUCGACCACAUCCUGACCGCAGUGGAGGACAUUGCAGGCCUCCAGGGGUAUCACCACUGGAGAGACAAGUGGGAACAGUUUGAUAAGAACUACCUGAGCAAGCUGCUGCUGAGGAAGUCGGUCUACAGGAAGAGCGAGCUGUGGGAGGCCUACCAGAAGAUCAACAUCCGAGACGCCAUCAGCGUCAUCGACCAGGGUGGGAACGUCCUGACUUCAGCCAGGCUGUCUCUGCCUUCCAUGGCCAGCAGAGCCUCGUUCCCUGAAGUCACCAACGUCACCAACUACCUGCGGGAGAACGGCAGCGGCGUCUGUCUGGACCUCCAGGUGAUCGACAACGUCCCUGGAUCCAAGGUGGAGGAGGACAUGGAGACGCAUCACGUCCUGGCGGGGAACCUUUACAAGCCCAGAAAACGGUACCAGUCCCACUACAGCCGACACUUCAUGCCGCUGGGAGAGAAGGAGCGUCAGGACCGGGAGGUGUUCCAGAGGAACAUGAGGAGCCGCAUGGAGACCUUCAAAUCCACCCGACACAAACGGCACAAGAAGGAACGGAGCCUGAAGAAGGUAAACAUGCUGAGGGACCCUCACCGCUGGAAUGAUCCUGUGGUCGUUCCUGUGGAACCUGAAGAGGACAAAGCCGAUCACUCUGACCCGGAAAAGGAGGAAGAUGUCGGCAUCACCUUCGUGGCUCGGAAGGCGGAGACGCCCAAACAGCGACCCAAAUCCGUCCCAGCAGCUCUGGACGUCUGUCAGAGCCCCCCACCCCACACCCCCUCCCCUCCCGCUGCAGACAGCCAUUUGCCGUGGAAGGGAAGCGUGGGAGCCCCUCCCCCGUGUGUUUCUGUGGAGGCCACCAAGAUCAUCCCUGUGGACCUGCAGCAGGCCUGGAACCAGAGCAUCUCCUCCCUGGAGAGCAUCUCCUCCCCACCUGCCCCCGCCGAGCCCGUCCACCCUCGCGUCAGCGCCCUCUCCAGGCUGGGAGGACCCCGGCCGCUCUCCUACACAGGGCCCACGGCGGGGGGCAGCCCCUCCGCGGGGCCCCCGCUGCCCCAGGCCUCCUUCAGCUUUCCAGAGAGGAAGAAGAAGCAGCAGGUGGAGGAGGAGGAAGAGGAGGAGGAGCCUGGGGCGUCGCAGGAAAUGCAGCCGCUCAUGUCGCCCCUGAGGCUCCCCGGGUCACCGCCGCCCGCGCCCCCACCUGCUCCACCGCCGGGUUCUGGGAGGAGGAGGAACCCCUGCGUGUAUCUGAGGAGCCUGGUGACCACGCCCCCCGGUGGCAGCAGUGAGCCUCACAGUCACAGACCCACGCAGCUCUGAACGCAGACCCAGGAGUUCCACCAAUCAGAAACCAGCUCCGUCCC